AAUACAAACACAUACACAGAUCACGGUUGACAACCGUGACAGUUUCAUGUUCAUUACAAACUGUUGCCAGUAAAUAACAUACAUGUGAACUCUACAACAGUGGCAGCAGAAGAAGACAAGGCAACCUCUGAAGUACAUCUCGCUCAGCUUCAACUAAGAAAGCCAACACAAAUGUCCACCAUGGACCAUCUGAACAGUAGCACCCCUGGUUGGAAGACAAAGUCAAGGAGAAAAGAUCAGAAUUUCACAGAUGUACAUGGUCUGCCAUGCAUUGAGAAGCUGGUGCUUUCUGCAAACGAAAUACCAGAGCCCAUUUCAACCAAAAUCACAGGUAAUAUCCCUUCAUGGAUCGAAGGCAAUUUUCUCAGGAACGGACCUGGAAAGUUCGAGAUUGGUAGAAGCAGUUUCAACCACUGGUUUGAUGGGAUGGCACUUUUGCACCGAUUUCAAAUUGAGGAUGGAAAGGUGACAUACAUGAGCCGCUUCCUGAACAGCGAUAGCUACAAGGAAAACACUGAGCAUAACCGCAUUGUGGUGUCUGAAUUUGGGACGAUUGCAAUGCCGGAUCCAUGCAAAAACUUCUUCCAGCGCUUCCUGUCCCGCUUUGAGUUUUAUAAGCCAUCUGACAACGCAAAUGUGAGCUUUGUCCAGUAUAAAGGAGACUACUAUGUCAGUACAGAGACCAACUUUAUACACAAAAUAGAUCCAAAGACACUUGAAACAAAAGAAAAGGUGGACUGGAGUAAAUUCAUUGCAGUUAAUGGAGCCACAGCUCACCCCCACAUGGAUCCUGAUGGGACAACGUACAACAUGGGCAAUUCUUACACUUCUAAAGGAGCUUUCUAUAAUAUAAUAAAAGUACCCCCAAAAAAGAUGAAUCCAGAUGAUACCUUGGAAGGAGCCACAGUUGUUUGCUCCAUCCCCUCUGAGGACAAAUCCAAACCAUCCUACUACCAUAGCUUUGCCAUGUCAGAGAAUUACGUGGUAUUCAUCGAGCAGCCAAUCAAAAUGGAUCUCCUGAAGAUUGUGACAUGCAAACUGCGUGGAAAGGGGAUUAGUGAUGGUGUAUACUGGGACCCUAAGCGGAAAACAGUUUUCCACGUCAUUAAUAAGAAAACUGGAAAGAUCAGCUUAAUCAAAUAUUAUGCAAAGCCAUUUUCAACCUUCCAUCAGAUAAAUUGUUUUGAAGAAAAUAAUUUCCUGAUUAUGGACCUGUGCUGUUCUGAUGACGGACAAGCAAUUGAUAACUACUUGAUUCAGAACCUUAAAAAGUCUGGAAAUGCUCUAGAUGAGGUAUACAACACCAUGUGCAGAGUAUUCCCUCACCGAUAUGUCCUACCCUUAAAUGUGGACAAUAACACACCUUGUGGGCAAAAUCUGAACACACGAUUAAACAGCACUGCAACAGCCAUUAAGACAGACAAGAACCAGGUGUUCUGCACACAUGAAGAUCUUCAUGGUGAAGAUCUCCAUCAAUAUGGAGGUCUAGAAUUCCCACAAAUCAAUUAUUCAAAGUACAAUACCCGGGCCUACCGCUACUUUUAUGGAUGUGGCUUCAGACACCUUGUUGGAGAUUCGCUCAUUAAGAUGGACCUUCAAGACAAACAAAUGAAGGUGUGGCAACAUCCAGGCCUGUAUCCGUCAGAACCGAUUUUUGUCCCUUCACCUGGGGCUGUAGAAGAGGACGAUGGAGUCAUUUUGUCUGUGGUCAUCACCCCUAAUAAGGAUAAAAGCACAUUCCUUCUGGUGCUGGAUGCAAAAACGUUUGAAGAAUUGGGCCGUGCUGAAAUACCUAUCAACAUUCCAUAUGGUUUUCAUGGGACUUUCCAAACUGGUAGUAACUGAGUGACAAUUUUAAGAAGUCCAAAUCUGUCAUUUUUGAUAGACAACACUGCAACAAGACAGUGUUGCGGCUCAGCGUAAAUAGAAAAUGUUACAACUUUUAAAAGUAUGAAUAACCUGUAUUAAACUCGUACUAUUAUAGUACUGCACCUAUAA